GUAUAGCCGCUGCUGCUCUAGGUGCUAGUGAGUCUGGUACUCUCCCUGGUACUGCGCCUGCUGAGGCUUUGCACACCUUCACGUUGGACUCAGGCGCCUCGCGCUGUUUCUUUCGUGACAGCACCACCCUCACUCCUCUUCCUGCAACUGUCCCGGUCAGGCUGGCUGACCCCUCCGGGGGACCGGUCGUGGCCCGUUCCUCCACUGUCCUCCCGUGUCCGGCGGUUCCGUUCGGCUCACAGUCAGGUCUUCACCUCCCCUCCUUCUCAACGAACUUGGUGAGUACCGCUGCCCUCCAGGAUGCGAUGGUCACUACCACCACUCCUGGGGGUCAGCGUGUUUCGAUCUGCACGUGCACACGGACGGGACGUCACCUGACCACGUUCACUCGUUGGCCAGGGUCGAGUCUGUAA